UGCUAAGGCAUCCCACUUUCAAUUUCUCCUCACUCUAAUUCACCUCUCGUAAAGAAGAAAUCCUCACUGCCCUCUCCACCUCUCUCCAAAAUGGCCACUCUAACACCCGGAAUCCUCCUCAAGCUCCUCCAAUCGAUGAAUUCAACCACCAAAGUCACCGGCGACCACCGUAGUCCCCUCCUCCAGGUCAUCGGCAUCCUCCCUGCUCUCUCCGCCGCCGAUUCUCUAUGGCCGCACAAUGGAUUCUACGUCCAGCUCUCCGACUCCCUCAAUUCAACCUACGUCUCCCUCUCCGACCGCGACACUGACCUAAUCCUCAACAAUCGCCUCCAGUUAGGUCAGUUUGUGCACCUCGAUCGCCUCCUCUUCGACUCCGACUCCCCUCCCGUCCCAACGCCCGUCAACCUCCGCCCCGUCGCCGGCCGCCAGCCCUUCAUCGGAUCCCCCGAGCCCCUAAUUGCUCGGAUCUCCCCUUCCAAAAAUGGAUUCGUCAUUCAGCCGGUUUCAGACUCCAGCCCCUCUGCUGAUCCCAUCGCUGCCUAUUUGUCUAGGGCAGGGAAGAAGGAGACGGAAGGAAAGGAGAAAUUCGGAGAGGGAAAGGGCGGCAGACAUGUAAUUGCCCCCAAAAAAGAGAAUGUUAAUGUGAAUAUAGCUGCGAAUUGCGGAGAUGAUAAUAGCUCUGUUAGUAGUAGAGCUGGAUCAGACAAGAUCUCGCAAAGGUUUACAUCGCCGGGCUCGCAGAAGCAGAGACCAUUAGCAGCAGCCGGAAGGAAAGUUGUGGUAGCGGAGAGGGAUCCGUCGCCGGCGGCUAAAUCAGGGAAGAGGUCUUCCUCGCCUGCCCCGUCAAAAUGUGUGGUCCCGAGCCUUGUGGUGGCAAAGGAAGAAAAUAGGAGGACAUCAAAGGAGCCUGCGAUAAUUGUACCAUCUAGGUACCGGCAGCCGUCGCCGACUGCUGGGAGGCGGCAGGCGAGCCCGAUUGUGGCGAGGAGGAUGUCGUUGUCUCCAGCUCGAAGGCUAUCUGGCGGGCUUAGGGCAUCACCCGCAGUGGACUCCUCAGGGAGGAAGAAGAUGGCUAAUAUAGCUGCUGGAAUUUCGAAGGUUUCUGAAGCGCUUGUUGGGAAUGGGAGACCUCCUAGUAGGAAAAAUUGGGAUGAUGGACCAGCAUCCGGCGGCAGCUCUUCUGAACAUAAAGAAAAGACUCUGGCUAAAAACAAAAUCGAUCUCCAGGCUAUCCUGAGGACACAGGCUGCUAUAUCUAGGCGUCUAAGCGACGUACAUGAGAAAUCUGAGAGUCCGAAUGUGAAACCGAAUGGCGCAGCCCCAGUGAUCACCAUACAUGAAAAGAAAUGGACUGAUGGCAGUGUUUCUCUUGAUGCGGUUACUUCAGGUCUUGCUAAACUUGGGAAGGAUGCUAUGCAGAGGAGAAGAAUUGCUUCAAUAGCUGCUGCUGAAGCUUUAGAGGAAGCCAUGGCAACUGAAUCUGUUGUCAGAAACUUGAGCAUGUUUUCUGAUUUAGUUGCAAUGUCAAAGCCUGAGAAUCCUCUGCCUACUAUCGACCGAUUCAUGUCCAUUUACGAGGAUGCCCUGAAAUCAACAGCAGACGUUGAGUUGAUUUUCGGUAGCCACAGUUCAUCAAGAAGUACGGAUUCUACAUCUACAGAGCAACCAAAACCGAGCAAGCUAUGGGUGGAAGCUGCUUUGGCCACGAACCUUGAGGUUGUCUCCCUCCUCACAAACGAAGAGUUUGAUGGCUUAUCAAAGGUGGAGCAAAGUUCAAAGAAGAGGCCCUCUAUCAGUGAACCUGCCAAGAAGGUGUCACCAUCAGUGGCUGGAACAUGGACUCGAUGCAUGGGAAUGAACGAAACUGUAGAGCUGGGAAAGAAUUUGCUGUCUGAGAUGCAAAUGUGGUUCGUGAGGUUUGUUGAGGAGUCCCUUGAUGCAGGUUUUCGUGUAUUUGGCAAGUCCGCUACAGGCAAUGGUGGAGGUCUCGACUGUGGCCCUAUGGCCACUAUUUUGUCUCAGCUGAAACGAGUCAACGACUGGUUGGAUCGUGUUGUCUCUAGAAGGGACGGGGUGCUGAUGGACAAGGCGGAGCUCUUGAAGGGAAAGAUUUAUUCGUUUGUCAUGUCAUUCCAGUAACCUGCCUCCUCACCUUGCUGAUUGAUGUGUUUGUUGAUAAUAUUAGGGAAAUUCUUCUCUUCAAUAUCAAUUUACAUGGUUUUGAUUGAAUUGUGAUGCCAAUAUAUCAGCCAUCAAGUAUAACAUCUCAUUUAUUUGAUAAGUACAUUAUGUUCUCAGCAAAUAUGAGUUUUGUUUCAGAA